CAGUGACCUUAUCCGCAGUCCAAAUUCAUUCCAGAGAUUCCGAAAAUGCUCUCUCGGACCGCGCGUCGGCCGCCCUCGAGCGGAAGAGAAUGCAAAUUAGGCUUUGAGGGCUCGUUGAAUCGCGGCCGGCUGCAAGUCACUCGAGCAGUAAAAGGCAUGGCCUCGCCUUCUGCUUGUGCUUCUCCUCUGCGGACAGCUGUAUCAGUCUAGUAUCGACCGCAUUGCCAAAAACUCAACCAUGAUUCUUUUCAAGGAAUUCAUCGUUGCUCUUGUCUCUGGAUUGAUUCUAGCCAUCUCCAGCUUCCUGUGGAAGCUGGCUGCACAUCGCCGGCGGUUCAAAGAUCUGCCCAAGCCGCCUCACAGCUUUCUCUUUGGGCAUCUUGCCCUCUUCUCUUCUGUCGCUCGGCAGCUUCCUGGGAAAAUUCCCAUCGCCGUCGCUAUAAACCGGAUCCAGGCCCAAUUCAACCUCCCGGAUCUGUGGUACCUCGACCUGUGGCCCCUCGCCGACCCCUUCCUGAUCACGGGUGAUCUGGCGAUCGCCAGCCAGUUUCUCAAUGACUACCCGCGGCACCCGAUCGUCCUCAAGCAGGCGCUACAGCCCCUCGUGGGCGGGACCCGUGGGCUUGUGUCCCCCGACUUGUCUGAGUGGCAUAGCUCGCGGACCAUGAUUCGCACCGCCUUUUCCAUCACUAAUGUACAGCGCUUCGUGCCCACAAUGGCGCGGUACUCGAUGCAGCUCCGUGAGGCGCUAUUAAAGCGAGCCACAAUCGGCAACCCGUUUCCCAUGAUCGGGCCUCUCGAGAAAUGGGGUGCCGAUCUCACGUUCCACUUCCUUCUUGGUAAGGAUACCGGAGUGCAGCGAGGGGGCUGGGGCGCUGAAGCCAACACGCAGGUGCAGGCACUCGUUGCAGCAGCGGACCACCCAUUUUCUGUGAAUCCAUGGACCCUUCGUCAGCAAAAGAAGGCGCGGAACCUCUGUCAAGACUAUGUGCGGCAGAUGAUAUCCAAAGCGUUGAAAGAUACAUUACAACGGGACCAGCCCGUGGGGCAUGACCAAUUUGUGUCCGUGAUAGACUCACUGGUCACGAAAUACAGGGAGGAGUAUCCAGGAAGGACACAGUGGGACGCCGAUACGCUUGUUCAACACGUAGACACUCUGGCGACGAUGUUCCUUGCUGCGGAUGUGUCAUCCAUGGUUCUUACAUACAUCUUCUGCCACGUUGCCCAAGAUCGAGCCGUAGCCGCAGAGCUGCGCAAAGAGCACAAUUCUGUGUUUCCUGGUAACAUGCAGGCCACGCUAGAAACCAUCUGCCGGAACCCGAGCAAAAUCAAAGAGCUACCCUAUACUACGGCGGUGAUCAAGGAGAGCAUGAGGCUGCGCCCACCGGGGCUAUCAGGAACCACUGCGCCGAACGGGCACACGGUCAACUACAAAGGAACCGAACAUUCUCUCGACGGGUGUUUUCUGCUCACCAACCUCUUCCGCCUCCAAUACAAUGACGACUACGUCCCCUCUCCCCUUACAUUCAACCCUUCGCGCUGGCUGCCGCAUCCGUCCGCCGAACUUGCGGACUCGUGGCGACCCUUCCAGCGAGGCCAGCAUAGCUGCAUGGGCGAGAAUAUGAUGAUGCCUGGUCUGGUGACGGCACUGCUACUGACAGUACGCGAUGUCGACAUCGCACUCGCGUAUGAUGAUGGCGAUAUAUGCCUCCCGCCGGAGCUGGGAGGCAUGGCUUAUAUGGAGGGCAACUUUGCUGCGAAGCCGGCGAAGGGUCUGCCUGUCACGGUUACGAAGGUGGCGCACUAAAAGAAAUAUUGGAUCAUAUUGCCGGUUAUUCGAACUUGGAAAUAGGAAAUAUAAUUCUUAAUAAUCUGGUAUGCGAGUACAGGCGAGAUGCGAGAUAACGCAAUUUUCC